GAGCUGUGAUGAACGUCCAACCAGAGCGAGAAAAAGCAUCCUUGCUCUACCCCUACGGUUUGGACCAGCAUGACCAUAAGAACCCUAAACUUGAUGACGGGACGUCAAAGCAGAUCCCCAUCGCCGUGCCCUUCACCUUCUACGGCAAAAAGCACCAAACUCUUUACGUGAACAACAAUGGUGUGAUUUCCUUUGGCAUCCGGGUACACCAAUACACCCCCGAACCCUUCCCACUGGCCGACGGACGCCCCUUCGUGGCCCCGUACUGGGGGGAUGUGAACAACGUUCUGGGAGGGGACGUCUUCUACCGAGAGAUCACUGACCCGGCGCUGCUGGAACGCAUCACCAAGGACAUCAACCAGUACUUUCCUGAGAUCCCCUUCACCGCCACAUGGGGUUUUGUGGCCACCUGGGACCACGUGGCCUACUACGGCUCCACCACCAAUAAGGGCAACACCUUCCAAGCUAUUCUGGCCACCAACACCAAGACGUCCUUCAUCAUCCUCAAUUAUUGGGAUAUCCAGUGGACUACGGGAACGGCAAGCGAUGGUGACCCCGAAACAGGUCUUGGAGGCACCCCGGCCCACGCUGGCUUCAACAGCGGAGAUGACACCCACUUCUACAACAUCCCCGGUUCCGAGACCGAAGCCAUCAUCAACAUCACCAAGACCUCCAAUGUCAACGUCCCGGGCCGUUGGGUCUUCCAGGUGGAUGAUUUUAAGGUGACGGGGGUCCCCACCGAGGUACCCAAGGUCGCCAACAGCAACAACUGCUGGUUUGUCUCUGCGUCGGCUUCACGUCACCUGGGGGAAGACUUCGUGGUGGGCUUCAUGCAAAAUGGUUUGCAGCAGACCCUCAACAGCGACUUCAAGCUGCUCAUCACAGGUUAUUCACCCUUCACAUCCGUAACCAUCUCCAUGAAGAAGCCAGGCUUGAGGAUGACGGUGCAGGCGACCACAGGUCAAACCAUCCUGGUGAAGAUCCCACCCCAAGCAGAGAUGGUGGGAAGUAAAACCUUCGAUAACACCGUGGUGGUGAGGGCCAACAACGCCAUCUCCUUGGUGAUGGUCAAUGAGAAACCCACCUCGAUUGAUUCAGCUGUGGUAUACCCCAUGCACAGUUGGGGCACGGAGUACCACGUUGUGACACCCAACGUUGGCACCGACCGCUAUGGCGAGUUCGUGGUGGCCGCCUGGGAUGAGCCCACCAUGGUUGACGUGCACCUCAAAGCCACAGUGACCUAUCAAGGCCGGUCUUACCCCCGAGGCUCGGUGCUCCCCAUCAGACUGGAGCCUUUCCAAGCAGCCCAACUCCAAAGCCCGUCUGAUAUGUCUGGCACAAGGAUCGUGGCACAGAAACCCGUGGCCGUCUUCACUGGCCACACUUGCUUGGCCAGGUUUGCCAAUUGCGACCAUCUGGUGGAGCAGCUCCAGCCCGUUUCCAGCUGGGGCACCACCUUCAUUGUGCCGCCGUUGCCUUUCGAGACUCAGUCUGAUAUCAUCUACGUCUCCACCUCCCAGCCAACACGCGUGGAGUCUCAACACGGCGUGACCAAGACCGUUCGGGAGCUACGACCCAGCCGGUCAACGUUCUAUGGACUCCAAGCCUCAAACACCUUGUACCUCUCUGCCAACGCUGGAAUCCAGGUCAUUUUUUUUGCCGACGGCGGUAAUAAAGAUGCCAUCUCUUACGACCCGUUUUUUAUGACCAUCCCAGAUGUCUCCAGCUACUGCCACUCCUAUAACAUCUUCGCCUUGGACGGUUAUGAUAAUUAUGCCCUGCUGAUAGCCAAGACCUCGGAGACGUCUGGAAUGAUGCUCAACAAAGUACCGUUGAGAAAUAUCGCGUGGAAGCCCGUCCCGGGCACCGAUUACUCCUGGGCCGGGCAGAGUUUGGGCAAUCAAUUCGCCGUCCAUACGGUGGAACACAAGACAUCUCCUUUUGGGUUGCUCAGCAUAGGGAUCCGGGACCAAAAAGCCUACGGGUCGGCAGCCGUUUGUGACAGCGAUCCCUGCCGCCUCGUGAAAUGCCGGGCGAAGGAGACGUGCAAGAUGGAGAAGGGAGAGGCCGUGUGCGUGCACGACUACAUGGGAACCUGCAUGGGGUCGCAAUCCCUGCAGUACCACACCUUCGACGGGAUGACCGUGGACAUCCGGGGUGGCUGCACCUACACCAUUGCCAAAUAUUGCGGCAACGAUCCCACCUUGGUGCCUUUCGUCGUGGAGGAGAAGAAGAGUGACGGCAAUUUUAAGGAGUGGUUGACCAACAUCUACGUGUACGCCUACAACAUCUCCAUCCAGAGAGGAGAGGGAGCCUAUCGCGUCAACAACAAACCCACCAGCCUACCAGCCACCUUGGAAGCUGGGAAGAUCCAGAUCUCCCAAAACGAGGGUCGGACCAUCCUGGAAACGGACUUUGGGCUGCAGGUGACCUACGAUGAAGACUGGGCCAUAAUGGUGGCGGUGCCCAGCAGCUAUUUCGGGGCCACCUGUGGACUCUGUGGCAACUUCAACGAGGACACGGAGGACGAGAUGACACUUUCUGAUGGCACUCAGGCUGCCGGUGUGGAGGACUGGGCUGAGAGCUGGCGAGAUCCUUCCUGCCAGGAUGAUUGUGGAGACCAGGAGACUCUGCAGGACACGGCAGGUUGUGCUCAGAGAUGCCCCAAAAACAGCCACUUUGAGGCCUGCGGGACAUCGUGCCCUGCCACCUGCGCCGACCCCAAAGCCCCCACGUCCUGCAGCAAGCCAUGCGUGGCGAGCUGCCAGUGCAACGAGGGCUUUGUCCUCCACAAUGACUCAUGCGUCCCAGUGGAGACCUGCAGGUGUUUCCACAAUGGUCGCUCCUACAAGAUCCGGGAGGAAUUUUGGGAGGAUGGGAGCUGCCAGAGCCGAUGCCGAUGCGAGGUGGGGGGCAAGGUGGCUUGCAAGAAGGCUGGUUGCAAAGCCCAUGAGAAAUGCGUCACGGUCAACGGCGUCCCCAGCUGCCAGGCGAACAAGUAUUUUACCUGCAUCGGGACGGGAGAUCCUCAUUACACCACCUUUGACGGGUUGAGAUAUGACUUCCAAGGGACUUGCAUCUACCAGUUCGCAGCCCUUUGCACCCAGGACCCCAAACUGGUCCCCUUCACCGUCAAGGUGGAGAACAACAACCGGGGCAGCAAAGCCGUGUCCUUCACCAAAACCGUCACAUUGGAGGUCUACGGCAACGUCAUCAGCAUGAGCCAGGAGCAUCCGCGCAAGGUCAAGGUCAACGGCGCCUUCGUGGAGCUCCCGUUCACCCAGAAAGGUCAAUUCGAGCUCUACCACAGCGGCGUCCACGGCUUUGCCCGCACCGCCUUCGGCUUGCGGGUGAGCUUCGACUGGUACAGCUACGCCCGCGUCAUCCUCCCUGACGCCUACGCCAGCGCCGUCUGCGGCCUCUGCGGCAACGCCAACCGCAACGCCGACGAUGACUUCAUCACCCGCGACGGCAAACGGGCCGCGGAUGAAAUCCAACUGGCUGAUAGCUGGAAGGUGGGAGACGUCUCCGGUUGUUCAGCCGGUUGUGUAGGGGAUUGCCCGGUGUGCAACGAGGAGCAGAAAAAGCCCUACCGCGGUGACGACUACUGCGGGGUGAUCUCCAGAACUGGGGGGCCCUUCCGGGCUUGUCAUGAUGUCAUCAACCCCGCGCCCUUCCUCGAAGAUUGCGCCUUUGACGCCUGCCACUACAAAGGCCACCGGGACACCUUAUGCAAAGCCAUCGCCGCCUACGUGACGGAGUGCCAGAGCCACGGCGUCAGCGUGGAGCAGUGGAGGAUGCCGUCCUUCUGCGGUCCCUCCUGUCCCCGUCAUUCACACUACGAGCUCUGCGGGAGCAGCUGCCCGGCUACGUGUCGGCGCCGCACCGUCCCCGAGGACUGCGCAUCGGUGCUGUGCGUCGAAGGCUGCUUCUGCGACGAGGGCUUCGUCCUCAGUGGCGAUGAGUGCGUGCCGGCGGGUGAGUGUGGCUGUGAGCACCGGGACCGCUACUACAAGAAGGGUGAGGAUUUCUACACCUCAUGCCGGGAGAGAUGCCGUUGUAAAGCCAACGGGGUGGUGGAGUGCGAGGAGGUCUUCUGUAGCGCCCACGAAGAGUGUCGAGUAGAGGAUGGGGUGUUGGGGUGCUACCCCGCCGGCUACGGGCGGCUGGUGGUGUCAGGCGACCCACACUACGUGACGUUUGACGGGCGAGCCUUCGACCUCCUGGGUUCUUGCACCUACGUCCUGGCACGGCUCUGCAAGCCGGAACCGCGGCUGACGAACUUCUCGGUGCUGCUGGAGCACGACGUGGGCGGUCGGGGCAACGUGGCCCUGAUGAAGAGGGUGAUCAUCUCCAUCCACGGCUACACGGUCAGCAUGGAGAGGGGACGGAAGUGGGAGGUGAUGAUGCCGAUGGAGGACAGAGCGUGCACGGAUGGCUGCAACGGCAAGGUCUGCCCCGUGUGCGAUGCCACCGACACGGCUUCCUAUGUCACCAGCGAUUCCUGCGGGCUCAUUCGGGACCCAGCGGGACCUUUCAGGCUGUGUCACCCACGGGUGAGCCCGGUGGAGUAUUUCAACCACUGCCUCCACGACGUCUGUGCUGCUGAUGGUGCCCGUGAUGUUCUGUGCCACAGCCUCCAAGCCUACGCCGCUGCUUGCCAAGCUGCCGGUGCUGAGAUCGCCGGGUGGAGAACGACCACUUUUUGCCCCCUGUCCUGCCCACCCCACAGCCACUACGAGCUCUGCACCCGUACGUGCGACUUCACCUGCGCCAGCCUCUCCGUGCCGGCCCCGUGCAGCUGGACGUGCUUCGAGGGCUGCCAGUGCGACGAUGGAUACCUCUUCGAUGGAGAAGCCUGUGUGUCCCUGGAGCAGUGUGGUUGCAUGCAUCGGGGACGGUAUUUCAAGGUGAGGUUGGCCAUCAAGGUUUUGGCGUUGGUGUUUUUGGUGGAAAUCAAGUUGAGGAAGGAUUGUGGGGCGGGUGAGACCAUCGUCUCCAACAACUGCUCCACAAAAUGCAAUUGCCACCCAUCCCGGGGACUUGUCUGUGAGGAUGUACGGUGUCCCCCGGAUGAGACCUGUGCCACGCAGGAUGGGGUGCAGCGGUGUGUCAAGCUGGAAGGUCGGUGCCAGGUCUCCCCGGGGGCCUUCUUGACCACGUUUGACGGGGCCAGAGGAAAGCUCCUCGCCAGCGGCACCUACAAAGUGGCCGCCCUCUGCAACGAGCAGUCACCCAACUGGUUCAAGGUGGUAGUGGAGGUCAGCGAGUGCCGGGAAGACAGCAUCCCGGCCGCCGUGGCCGUCUUCAUCUUCUUCCGAGAAGCUUUUAUCACUGUGAAUAACAACAUGGAGGUGUGGGUGAAUGGUCUUUUCACCCGCCUUCCAGCUGUGGUGUCCAAAGCCGUCUCCUUGAGCACGGUGGCGGAGAACGUCACCAUCUCCCAUACGUCGGGGAUGGAUGUGCUCUUCAGCCCCAAAGGGGAGGUGACGGUGACCGUAGGGGCCACCUUGGUCAACCGACUCUGCGCUCCCUGCGGCAACUUCAAUGGUGACCCCAGCGAUGACCUGAAGCUGCCCGAUGGCCGGGUUGUGAGGAGCAUCGCAGAGGUCGUUGAUGCCUGGAAAGCCAGGGAUUUUUCGGGAUGCCACGCCUCCAACCUCGUGCGGAUGGAAGUGGAAGCUCCCGUCUACCCUAUGCA